AUGGGGGCGCUCGCAGCGAUCGUCGGCGGCAUAGCUCUGGUUCCGUUGUCACUGGCCGUGAGCCUGUAUGGCAAGGUGCCCCUCCCGGUCACCCUCCUCCUUGGCCACGCCGCCGCCGCGGGCCUCGUCGUGGCCGUUUCGGCGUCGUCGGAUGCCACGGCAAAGCGCACGACGGGCCUCUUGGGCAAGGACCAGCGCACGGGCCGCAUCAGCAAGCUGUCGGUCAUCGCGUGGUGGCCCUACCACGUCGGCCUGCAGACCAAGCUGUUCAUCCAGUGGCGCAAGAACAAGGGGCCUAAGGGGGAGCCGCUGUACAACCAGGUCGCUCCGCAGCUGUACAUCGGCGGCUGGCCCAAGUCGCUGGCAGUGCUGCCGCCCGGGCGCGAGCUGUCGGUGGUGGACGUGACCUGCGAGCUGCCGCGCACCCACAACACCGGCGGGGGCUACCUGUGCCUCCCAACAUGGGACACGCACGCCCCCGACGCGGCAGCCAUUCAGAGGGCCGUCGAGUUUUCGCUGUCCCAGCUGCAGCUCGGGCGCGACGUCUACGUGCACUGCGCCCAUGGCCACGGCCGCAGCGCCACCGUGCUGGCGGCCGUCCUCAUCGCCGGCGGGACGGCCAAGAGCCCAGAGGAGGCAGUGGCGCUGAUGAGGCGGGUGCGCCCCAAGGUGCGGCUCAACGCGAAGCAGCAGGCGGCGCUGCUGGCGUGGAUCGAUCACAUCAGCAAACUCAACUGA